UAACAAAAGCUGAGUCAGUACUUUAGAACGCGCCAUUCCAAGGUCAGGACGAUCCGUUUACACACUGAAAUGGAUCGUUCUUAAAUUGGAACGAACUAUUCCAGACUACUGAAAAGGUCUAAAACCUAAACUGGCCACUCAGGCAAUUAUAUGCUAAACUCAAAUCUAAAACGGGCCGUUCCAGUUAAGAAAUUAACGCAUAAUGAAGAGGUUUAGAACGGGCCAUUCCGAAUAUGGAACGAGCCGUUCUGGCCACUUCUGAUGUCCAUAAGUUGCAGACUUCUCCGGGGGCCGGAAAAAGUGGUCUAGACUCCUACAUAGCUCGAAAAGUCUCUUUCGGUCCUCCUUCUUGUAAUGAGUGUGGUGGCGUACAGAAAAGGCGGAUGUUUGUUUUUUGGGCUUGUAUUGGACAGCCACAGAUUUUAGAGGGAUUCGGAGCUCAUCAACCACGCGAGAUCCGGCUGCAAAGGCCACCCCGUUUGAGAUUCACAGACUCCUCCAACAAUUAUCUGAAAACCCGAAAGACUUCUUCGAACACAAUCUGCUACGACACUGAGGACAACGUGUGUCCUCUCGUCUUCUCGCUUCUGCAGGAGGAUCCCCCUUUUUGAAUUGAGUUGCAUGGUCAAACCUAUUUGAUUGAAUUUGUUUUCUAAGGUAUGGAAGGGUUAUUGAAUUCUUUGCUUAACCAAACUUGCAUAAAACCCUUUGGUUUCACUCCAAGACUUAGUUAUACUUUCCCUGUGACCACAAGAACUGUGAAUUUAAAUCGGAAACCCGAAUCCUGCACGUUGAGAAGUAUCUGCACACAAUUAGGUAGAGACACUGGCACUAGCUCCAGAGGGGAAAGUGCUGCUGCACUGGACAGUGAUGGUAAGGGAGAGGAAGCAAAUAUGGACUGGGAAUUGGAGUUCCUUGGGGAGUUGGACCCAUUUAGUUACCGAGCUCCCAAGAAGAGGGAAAAAGAACAGAAGUCAAGGUUGCUUGAAGCCACUGAUGGAAUGGAUUGGUGUGUGAGGGCGAGAAAGAAGGCGUUGAAAUCAAUUGAAGCGAGGGGUAUGACUCAUGCAAUGGAAGAUUUGGUUACUGUUAAGAAGAAAAAGAAGAAGGAUAAGAAGAAGUUGGAAGGUAAGAAAAAAAUAGUUAAGAAAAUUGAGGAAAUAGAUGAUCUUGAUUUUAGUUCGGAGGAAGACUUGCUGCAGCCUAUGCAACCUAGGAAUGAUGUUGGUGAGUUGAAAAGGAGAGUGAGUAUGUUUGCCAAUGGAAUGUUUAUAGAAAAGAAGGAGAAAAAAAUGGAAGAAUUUGUCAAUAGGCUUUCACAAUUCUCUGGGCCAUCCGAUCAUAGAAAAGAAGUAAAUUUGAACAAAGCAAUUACAGAAGCACAGACUGCAGAUGAUGUGUUAGAGGUUACUUAUGAAACAAUUGUUGCAGUUGCAAAGGGCCUAAGUCCCUCACCUCUAUCCCCAUUGAAUAUUGCUACUGCUCUUCAUCGCAUUGCUAAGAAUAUGGAGAAGGUUUCUAUGAUGCGAACUCGAAAACUGGCGUUUGCUCGACAAAGAGAGAUGUCUAUGCUUGUGAGUGUUGCGAUGACAGCCUUACCUGAAUGCUCGCCUCAGGGAAUCUCUAACAUAUCUUGGGCAUUGUCCAAAAUUGGAGGCGAAUUGCUUUAUCUUUCAGAAAUGGAUAGAAUUGCAGAGGUUGCACUGACCAAGGUUGGGGAAUUCAACUCUCAAAACAUUGCAAAUAUUGCAGGUGCCUUUGCUGCAAUGCAGCACUCUGCUCCUGAUCUAUUCUCAGAGUUGUCAAAAAGGGCUUCAGACAUAAUUCACACCUUCCGAGAACAAGAACUUGCUCAGCUUUUGUGGGCUUUUGCUUCUCUAUAUGAGCCAGCUGACCCUGUAUUUGAUUCUUUAGACACAGUCUUCAAAGAUCAUUGCCAAUUGAGAGGUUGCACAGGUGAAAAGACAUCAAAUAAUCGUGAACAAAUCGGUGUUGGUAGAAGUGGUGCCUCAAAUGGAUCUCACGCCUCUCCUGUACUAACUUUAACCAGGGAUCAGCUUGGGACCAUAGCUUGGUCCUAUGCUGUCUUUGGGCAAAUGGAUAGGAGAUUCUUCUCUUAUAUCUGGAAAACUCUCAGCCAUUAUGAGGAGCAGAGGAUUUCAGAGUUGUAUAGGGAGGAUAUGAUGUUUGCCUCUCAGGUUCAUCUUGUAAACCAGUGCUUGAAGCUUGAAUUUCCACAUCUUCAGUUGUCACUAUGUGGUGAGCUUGAGGAUAAGGUUGCUCUUGCUGGAAAAACCAAAAGGUUUAAUCAGAAAAUAACUUCAUCGUUUCAGAAAGAGGUUGGACGCCUUUUGGUUAGCACUGGCCUUGAAUGGGUCAAAGAAUAUGUUGUGGAUGGUUACACUUUGGAUGCUGUGAUCAUUGAUAAGAAGCUUGCUCUGGAGAUUGAUGGUCCAACUCAUUUCUCAAGAAACAUCGGUGUUCCAUUAGGACAUACCAUGCUUAAACGCCGAUACAUCACUGCUGCUGGUUGGAAAGUCAUAUCAUUAUCCUAUCAGGAGUGGGAGGAACUUCAAGGAGCAUUCGAACAAGUAGAGUACCUUAGGAACAUUCUCAAAAAUCAUCUAGAUGAAGGAUAUGUCAUAACUACAUCGACCGAGGUAAAGUGAUGAUCCUAUGCAGCUUGUCAAGCAUAAGGAGAUUUCAGAUAUGUAUUUUUUUUUUUAUUAAGCUCCCUUGAGAAAUUUUAGUAAAGGGAAUGUUUAUUUCUUAGGAAUAUUACAUUUCAACAACAUUCACACCACUUCCCUUAUUUUUUUUUAAGUAAAUAUGACUUUAGUCCCAAAAAUUAGCACAAAUUUAUUUGGCUCCUAAUGUUAAAAAAUGCAAAUAUAGUCCUUGACUUAAACAACACUUAAUCAUUUUGCUCCUAAAUUUAACAUUGUGAGUCAUUUGGUCCCUUACAUCACCAAAUUAGUCUAUUUAAUCUCUAAAUCUAACAACUAUCGUUAAUUUUGUCUAUGAAAAGUUGAAAACCUUUUGCCAAUUUGGUCCAAAAUGUAGGGACAAAUUGGCUUAUGCGCAUCAAAUUUAGGGAUCAAAAUGACUUAAAGUUGCUAAAGUCAAUGAUUUAGUGUGUUUGGGAAAUAGUUAAAUUCACUGUAAUAUACAUUUAUUUGAGCCUUGCUCUCUUGUUACUUCUAACUUCUAAGUUUGAUGUUUUGGAAAUUGUAAA